CUCCAAACGCAACCUGUUCUCCAGUUUCUAUGAAGCCGCCGUGCCGUGAGCAGUGAAACAGGAGGGACUUUGCAACGACGGACCGCGAAACUUGGAGAACUUAACUGUAUUUUAAUUACUGGUUUUGAAAAGAGAGAGAAAAAAAAGGAGUAACCUUACAUACGAAGAUUCAAGUAAACUGGAUAUAUAUACAUAUUCACGUGUUCAUCUAUAUAAAGAAAAAAAGGUUUUGAUCUAGAUAUCAAGAAGAAAUAAAAUCGUUCGAUUUGGAGAGAAGAAUGCGGGAAAAACGGGGUCCUACCGUGGAUCUUCUGGUCCUGCUCUUCUGUUUGCUAUGGUGUCCUGUUCCAGGUGAGGCGUUCUUCUCUCUGAACUCCAUCUCUCCUACUUUGGAGAGAAUGGCCAGCUACGGUUACUACAUGCUAGGCUAUUCUCCACCCGACUAUGGCCACGACGGUGAAAUCGACCUCUACGAGAAAGAACCCUUAUGGGACGGCCACAUAGGCGUUGGGAACCUCCUCGAGCCUAUUUUCAGCGCCAUAGGCGCCCAAACCAACGACCUCUUCCAGAGUACGGAUGAGUACGGCCGCCCGGACAGAGUCGUCAAAGGUUUUGACAACAGGUUGGGUCUUCGCAUAGCUCUUCCCCACGUCGGAGACUUCCAGGUGACGAGGGAAAUUGGCCCUGGAAGAUUCCUGGAUAAGCUGGGCCCUGGGAAAUACCCUUAUUCUCAUCUGCCUCCGAAGGCCGGGAAAGGCCAAGGUUUGGGCGGCGUCGGUACGGGUCACGGCUACGGGUCCUCAGGCCACGGAGGAGUAGGAGGGGGAGGGGGCUAUGGGGGCGCUAGCCCUUCGUAUGCAUCCAAUGCCGUCCAGACUUACAAGUACGUCUUGAAGCCAAAGGCGCCUACGGUUAACGCUGCAGCUUACCAGUCCAUGCAGAAUUAUCCCUGGUAUUACAGAUAGAAAGAAGAAGAGAGACGUCUUUGGAAGUUGCCGAGGAAAGGUCAACGAUUAACUGCUUUCCCCACCAUCAGAGAACCUUCAUGAACCUGUAGAGAACCGGAAAGGCAAAGAAGAACAACAAUUCCUAAGUUAUUUGAGGACGUGUGUUUUUGACGGAAAACCAUAUCUGAAGGAAGCAAUAUGAAACGCAAGAAAUUUAGACGAAUAUUUGUUGAACCGUACGACAAAUUUCUCCUUUUUUAAUUAUUCGUAAUAGAAAUUUGCGGAACCAUAUGAGAAAUUUCACUUUUUUUAAUGAUUCGUAAUAGAAAUUUGCAGGACCAUAUGAGAAAUUUCUUAUUUUUUAUGAUUCGUACUAGAAGGAAAUUUAGUAAAUACGCUUAGCAAAAAUAAAAAAAGACAGGUUUGGAACAUUUCCUUGUUAUUGUUGUCUAUAAGAUGCAAUAUUCUUAUGGUUCCAGUAGUUAGUAGCACAUGUUAGUUAAGCAUGAUUGUUAAUUUAUACCAUAUUUAUGAUGAUCUGUCAGUAGAAUUAUUAUCCUCCUGGCUAAAAAGUAAUGUGUAUAUAAUAUUAGGACCUUAAUGGGCCCUAAUUACUUUUUCGCCAUGAUACUGUAUUUAUGCAAUAUUUUCUCCAUUCAAUUUCGUUGUUGCUGUUAUGUUUAUUAAAUUAUGAUAUUUAUUGAUUUCAUUAAAUAAUGAGAUAAUUC